CUCACUUUCGUUCCAAUCGUCACUUUGAGCAGUUUAGUUUCUUCUCGUUCUCUCUCUCUCCUUGUCAAUUAAUUAAUUUCAAAGUUAAUUAACUUGGAUUAAUUUAACUCGAAAGAGUUCCAGACUUAUCGAGACGUAAGAUAGUCUUGCCUUGCUGACGUUUCUGGGUUAAUUUGAGUUCGGAGAGGGCUUAUCGACUACAUACAUCAGCCGUUUUUGCUGCCGUUUUGGAGAUUAAUUUGAUUUUCCGGCUUAUCUCGACUCAAUAAGAUGGCGACCCUGUUAAAGUUGCAGAGUAACGAUGGGUUGCAGCUCGAAGUGGAGAGGGAGGUCAUCUUUUGUAGCCAGAUGAUCAAAACAAUGAUCCAAGACUUGCCCGCUAAUGACGACGAUGACGACGUCAUUCCCCUUCCCAAUGUCUGUGGAGAAAUUUUGAAGAAGGUCGUCGAGUGGGCCGUUCAUCACAAGGACGAUGCCCCACCCUCCGAGGAAGAAGAGGCGGAAAAGAGCACCGACAAUCUGAGCACUUGGGAUUCUGAAUUUUUGAAGGUCGAUCAGGCCACUUUGUUCGAGCUGAUUUUGGCUGCUAAUUAUUUGGAUAUCAAGGGUUUGUUGGACUCGUCAUGCAAACUCGUGGCAAGCAUGAUCAAGGGGAAAACGCCACAAGAGAUCCGGACAACGUUCAAUAUUCGGAACGACUUCACGCAAUCCGAAGAAGAGCAAAUUCGCAAGGAGAAUGAGUGGUGUGAGGAAAAGUAGGGAAUGAAAUGAUAAUCUGAUGAAUUUAAGACUGACAAUUUUUUUGAUUUGCUAAUUUCAAUUUCCAAAUAUUGCUUUAUUUCCUUUUUUGAUCAAUUAA